CCUGCAAUUGCCAUGGACAUGCCACUGAUUGCUACUAUGAUGCUGAUAUUGAUCAGCGUCGAGAAAGCUUAAACAUCCAUGGGCGUUAUGAAGGUGGAGGAGUCUGCAUUAACUGCCAGCAUAACACAGCUGGUAUUAAUUGUGAGAGGUGUGCAAAAGGUUACUAUCGGCCUUAUGGUGUUCCAGCAGGAGCUCCUGAUGGCUGUAUACCCUGCAGCUGUAACUCGGAGCAUGCAGAGGGCUGUGAGGAAGGGUCUGGCCACUGCUUCUGUAAGCCAAAUUUCCAGGGAGAAAACUGUGAACGCUGUGCUGAUGGAUUCUAUGAUUAUCCGUUUUGUGUCCGUGUUCCUGUAUAUCCUUUUACUUCUCCAAAUCCAAGAGAUGCUAUGGCUGGUGACAUAAUAGUGUGCGAAUGUGACUGGGAGGGUACCCAACCGGAAAUCUGCGAUUUUCUCGGGAGGUGUCUUUGUCGCUCUGGGAAUGUAACUGUGAUGCUGUUGGCUCAGUGGAGAAUACAUGUGGUCCUAGAGGUCAGUGUCUGUGCCAUAGUAACUACGCUGGACUUAGAUGUGACCAGUGUGCUCCAGGUUACUACAGCUAUCCCAGCUGCUUGCCUUGUCAGUGCUCUCCUGACGGUUCCCAGCACAGCACGUGUGAGCCGACGGUGGGGCAGUGCCAGUGUCGGCCGGGCGUCGCGGGGCAACGGUGCGACCGAUGUCUUUCUGCGGCCGCCAGCUUCCCCCACUGCAAAAGGCUAUUGUCAAUGUCUUCAGCAUGUUGAAGGUCUUACCUGUAGUAAAUGCAAACCGUUGUACUGGAACCUGGCCAAAGAAAACCCUGAGGGAUGUACAGCGUGCCAGUGUGAUGUGAGUGGAACACUAAGUGGAGUCGGAGAAUGUCAGCAGGAAAACGGGCACUGUUACUGCAAAUCUAAUGUUUGUGGAGACUCCUGUGACACUUGUGAAGCUGGUUAUUAUGCUCUUGAAAACAAGAAUUAUUUUGGCUGCCAAGGCUGCCGCUGUGAUGUUGGAGGAUCCCUCAGCCCAGCAUGUGCCGAGCCCUCGGGUGGCUGCCAGUGCAGGGCGCACAUCGUGGGGACAGCCUGUCAGGAGCCUGAAAAAAACUAUUUCUUCCCUGAUCUGCACCACAUGAAGUUUGAGAUUGAAGAUGGUACUACUGUCGAGGGAAAGGAAAUUCGCUUUGGCUAUGAUCCUCAGGAAUUUCCUAGCUUCAGUUGGAGAGGAUAUGCCCAGAUGUCCGCUAUACAA